GUGGAAAGGAUUGACUGUCGACUUGAAAUUUGGAACCAAUGAGAUCUCGACGUGUUUUCCAUUCAGUAUCAGUUCGACCAUCUUUGGUCGCCACCUCUCUCCCGGCUUAAUCACGUUAUAAAUAAAUAAUUAAAGUUUAUUAUUCAGGGACGGAACUUUGGGGCCGGGACGCUCUGUCACCGACCGCCACUGCUCUGCAGGUGAUUCCCCCGCGGCUUCCCGGCGUUUUAUCCGUUAGAUGGAGAUUGAAGCCAGCCAUCAGCCCAAACAAGAACGUCUAAGGACAAGAUGGACAGCAUCCCUCGAUAAGAUAUUUGCAGACUUGGUUGUUGAGCAGAUUCAACUGGGAAACCGACCAAACAAUGUUUUUGACAAGAAAACAUGGAAUCAUAUACGUGAUAAAUUCAAUAAGCAAACAGAUCUCAACUUCAACAACAACCAGUUGAGGAAGCACCUGGAUGUUCUGAGGACACGCUAUUAUAACCUGAAGUCUGCUUUCGAUCAAAAUGAAUAUGCAAUGGAUGAUUCUUGUUGCAUUGGAUUUGACCUGUGGGAAGAUAUUGGGUUACAGACACAGUCAAGGACUGAAACAGUCAAAGUUAAGGACUGUCCCAUAUAUGAUCAGCUAUGCACAAUAUUCACAGAAGCAGGAGUUGACGGAAGAUAUGCCCAAUCGAGUCACUAUGAGGAGAUAGUCAGCAAACCUGUUGGAAUUGAUACUGCAGGGUUAACUCCAUGCCCCGAGAGUGAAACCCCGAGGUCCAAUACUCCAUCUUGCUCAAGAUUUGUACAAGGGAAAGCUUCUUCAGCAGAGAAGGUGAACAAGAACCUUGCUGGAAGGAGGAAGAAGCGCUUAUCUGAGGCAAACUCUUUUCCUGGUAGAGGUGGCAGGGAUGAAGGAAUAAAUGAUGCUAUAGCAGAAGCCAUGUUAGAAAUGGUUGCUGCUUCCAAGUGUAGAACAGCAGAGGCAGCGCAGAUUGAUGAGAGAUAUAGUAUAACAAAUUGCAUUAGAGCAUUGGAUGAGAUAGAAGGCAUUGAUCAAGGGAUCUACUUUACUGCUUUGGACCUCUUCGAGGAACCAGACUUGAGGGAGAUGUUCAUUUCACUGAGAAAUGGCGAGAUACGGUUGAAAUGGUUGCAGGAGAAAUGCUGCAGCAACUCCAUCUCAGCUCAAGUUAGUGUAUGACAUUUUCACCCGUUCAGUUAGCAUGCACAUUCUGAUGGAAUAGUUAUUUUCUAGUUGGUAGUUCAUUUUGUACGACUUUCUAUGGGUUUAUAGUUCAUAAAUAAUAUGUUUAUGUUUUUGCCA